AUGGCUUGCACCAGGAGAACCAAAACUUUGGUGUCCACAUGCGUGAUACUGAGCGGCAUGACCAACAUUGUUUGCCUGCUCUAUGUCGGAUGGGUAACUAAUUACAUCGCCAAUAUUUACAUCAAAGUUCCGCUGCCUUUACCGGAGAGAAAGUUAGAGGGUGACAAAAGAGGGGACACUCUCCGGAUCAUGGAGAGGCUUGAUCGGCUGGAGAAUGUGGUCAACCAGCACAUACAAGAGACUCCAGGGAGGGGAAAGGACGGUCAGGCGGACACAUCAUUCUCUGACUCAUCGCUGUUCGCUCACUGGGGUCAGGAGCUCGGCCCGGACAACCGGCGUGUGGCAUUGAAGAUGUUCCAGUACUAUGGAUAUAAUGGCUACCUCAGUGAUCGUCUCUCUUUAGACAGACCAAUACCAGACCUCAGGCCUGAUGGGUGCAGAAACCUCACUUAUCCUUUAAACCUCCCUCAAGUGAGCAUUGUGUUCAUUUUUGUGAAUGAAGCCUUUUCCGUCAUCCUGCGGUCCAUUCACUCUGCCAUCAACAGAACGCCCUCCUACCUUCUCAAAGAGAUCAUCCUGGUGGACGACAACAGCAAUAACAAUGAGCUAAAGGAGAAGCUGCAGGAUUUUGUGUCUGAGACUAACAGCCAGCAUCCAGGAUUCAUCAAAAUGGUGCGUCAUGCCAAACAGGAGGGUCUGAUCCGGUCCAGAGUGAGCGGGUGGAGGGUUGCCACUGCCCCAGUUGUUGCCCUGUUUGAUGCCCACGUGGAGUUCAACGUUGGCUGGGCUGAACCCAUUCUGCAGCGAAUUAAAGAAGACAGAACCCGCAUAAUCUCCCCAUCAUUUGAUAACAUCAAGUACGACACAUUUGAGAUUGAAGAGUAUCCGCUGUCUGCCCAGGGCUUUGACUGGGAGCUGUGGUGCCGCUACCUCAACCCCCCCAAGUCCUGGUGGCACAAGGGCAACAAGAGUGCACCAAUCCAGAGCCCGGCCUUGAUUGGCUGCUUCGUGGUGGAUAGGCUGUACUUUGAGGAGAUUGGUUUGCUGGAUGAGGGAAUGGAGGUGUACGGGGGAGAAAAUGUGGAGCUGGGCAUUAGGGUGUGGCAAUGUGGCGGCAGUGUUGAGGUCCUGCCUUGUGCUCGAAUCGCCCACAUAGAGCGUGCUCAUAAACCCUAUACCGAGGAUCUGACGUCUCAUGUGCGGCGAAACGCCCUCAGAGUUGCAGAAGUUUGGAUGGAUGAGUUUAAAAGCCAUGUGUACAUGGCCUGGAAUAUUCCCGUGGAGGACCCAGGGAUUGAUAUUGGCGAUAUCUCUGAGAGGAAGGCUCUGAGGAAGAGGCUGCAAUGUAAAACUUUCCGAUGGUACCUGGUCAACAUCUACCCUGAGAUGAGGAUGUACAGCGACACCAUCGCAUAUGGAGUACUGAAAAACUCUCUGAAGAAUGAUCUGUGUCUGGACCAGGGGCCCGACAAUGACAAUGUCCCCAUCCUGUAUCUCUGUCACGGGAUGACACCUCAGAAUGUGUACUACACCAGUACUCAGCAGCUCCACAUCGGGCUCCUCAGUCCCACCGUUGAUGACGACGACAACAAGUGCCUGGUCGACGUGAAUAGCAGGCCGCGCCUCAUCGAGUGCAGCUAUGCCGCAGCCAAACGCAUGAAGCUCCACUGGCUCUUCACUCAGGGAGGAUCCAUUCAGAACAGGAAAUCAAAGAGAUGCCUAGAGCUUGUAGCGAGCAGCGACAAUGAGUUUGGCUACCAACUGGCUCUGCAGAAAUGCACUGGACAAAAAUGGUUCAUCACAAACGUGAUGUUUAGCAGCACCUUAUGAUUGACCUCUGAAGGUAACACUGGAGUGAAUAGAUGGAGUUGUUUCUUUUGUGUGCACAUGUGUGUAAAAGGAUAAGAAGCAGGAGUCCGACAGAAGAGCGGUGCAUGGUUGAACACCAUCAUUUUGAGCACCACGAUGUCCUCUGGUUAGCUCGAGUCGACAUCACAUCGUAAAUGUUAAACAUUUUAUUUUGCUUACACGAUCAGCCAUAGUUGGCGGAUAUUUUGCAGAUUUGACAAGGUAGUAUAUUUAGUAUAUUUUGUGGUAUAUACAGUACAGUCAGAUUUUCGUUGACUUAAAAGAUGUAAUGGGUCCAAUAUGUUUUUGUACUUUGUUCAUAAUUGCUACUGUGUAGCAAGCUUUCCGAAACCUGUCCCUACUGUAAUUAUUUUAUUUUAGUGUCUCAGGUUUGUAGGUUUAUUAUACUGUACAGUUGUGGGGAAACAUUGGAAUAAAUCAAAAAAAUUAUAGAUUAUUUUCUAAAUGUAAAUAUUUUGAUUAUUUGUAAUAUAUAACAGUAAAAUAACUGAUGUAAACUACUGAGUGCAUGUGCUUUUUUUUCUUUUGUUGUGGCACAUUUUGUGAUUCAAAUCUUCAAUCAAGGGUCGCCCUAUCAUUUAAUUCAAAGUACUUGAAUCUGCUAUCAAUGCCAAAUAGAUUUUUGGUGAGUGCAGUGACCCUGAGAGUUCAAUGCACUGCAACUAAAGAAAACACAUGCAAAUAGACAAAACACAAGCAAAUGUGCAAAACCUUUUCACCAGUUUGACAACACAUAAUACAGCAUAACAAAAUGCAGUGCAAAGUCAGAAAACACAACCAAAUACAGCAAAUUUCAGAAAACUAAACAGAACUGAGUUGUAAAACAAGUUUCCAGAGGACAUUCAAAACUGAUGAACAUACCCAUGCACACGAGUUGUGGUUUGUAGCUGAUAGUUACUUGUGACUUACAUGACUCCACAGGAGGCGUAGCGUGAGCAGCACAUUGGCCGAACAGCUGAAACGCCUCAUGUAAACAUGCCGUAGUGUGAACACUAUGUACACUAUAGAUAUUUGCUGUACAAUAUGUAAAAUACAAUAUGUAAAAUACAAUCAGAAUGUUGUUGUUAUUUUGCAUUAGUUUAGUUUUUUCUGUGUUGAGCUCUCAGGGCCACCAUACAUUUGGCCUUUAAAAGGGAACUUUUUUUAAACAACAGACUGAUCUACAUGCACACACAGCAUUUAGAAAUGACAGAGUCAUGGAAGUAAUGUCCUCAGUUUGUAAUGACAAAUGCAGGACAGGAGCUGAGAAACGGGCUGCUUUCUGCACUGACUGUUGUGUGCACCUGGGGAGGAGACGAGUGGCACAGCCUGUUUUCAACAUGCCAGUCCUCAUUACCAUCCACAUUCAAGCAGAGCUCUGCAAACCAUGGCAUUAAAUAAACAUGGAAACCCACUUUCAUCAAAAGGACCUCCCUCACUGACACAUCUUAAUAUAUGCAAUGCGAGCGCCUCUGCAUGCUCAAACCUUUGAAUGAAAGCAAUUCAACAAAACAGAAUUCCCAUGCAUAUUACUUACAUCCUCUUUUAGUUGACCACUCAUCCUAUUUGCCUGCUGGUACUCAUUCCAAACAUUAGCUUUCAGCUUUAAAAUGACUGUAGAUAUGUAAUCUGUGUGUGUACAUUUGUUUAAUAUUCUAUUAUCAUACAUACAUUUAUUACCCUUGUUGAUUUAUCACAUCAUCUUGUGCCAGAAAAUGAUUUGAAAUAUUUACAUAUUUUAAUGUUGGCACAAAGUAUACAGCCAAGAUUAAAUCCCCUGUAAAUGUAGAGUAAAAUAUACAUCCAACUGUAUCAAAGUCUCUGUGUGAACAUUAGUCACGUACAAUAUCUCAGAAAAGUGCUGGCCUGAUUUGGAUGAAGCCGGGGUGAUAAUAUGUCUGUCUUCCCUUUUGAGAGCUAGCAUUAGCAAAAUUACAGUCAUUUGCUUUGAUAUGAGAAUUAAAGACUGACAGGUACAUCUUCUGCCUGAACAUUUUAUUCAUUUGA